CGACGAUAAGGGGGCCCGCGCGUUACUACGAAACACAGUAUUUGACGAGCAUGGCUGCAAGUAAGUUCUGUUCGCGUCUCCGCAACGCUACGAGAUUGUCAAUAAAAAAUUCAGGCAGCAUUUUCCCCGCCGCUGCCGCCACCGCCGUCGCUCCAGCAAUAAACCGUCAUGCAAUCGGAAGAACGCAUUUCACCUACGCACCGGAAUCUCCGCCAGCGAAUUCCGGUGCUACGCAAGAGAUGAACAUGUUCAAAGCAAUAAACAACGGCCUUGCACUCAGCAUGGAAGCGGACGAAUCGGCAGUAUUCUUCGGAGAGGACGUGGCCUUCGGCGGUGUCUUCAGGUGCUCGAUGGGUCUUCAGGAACGCUUUGGAAAAGAACGAGUAUUCAAUACGCCGCUUUGCGAGCAGGGGAUCGUCGGUUUCGGGAUCGGCAUCGCGAACAUGGGAACGACCGCAAUUGCGGAAAUACAAUUCGCGGACUACAUUUUCCCCGCCUUCGAUCAGCUCGUCAACGAGGCUGCCAAAAUGCGGUACCGCAGCGGCGGAGACUACGAUUGCGGAAAAUUGACCGUCAGGGCACCCUGCGGAGCCGUCGGUCACGGCGGUCUCUACCAUUCUCAAUCACCCGAAGCCUAUUUCGCUCACACUCCAGGCCUCAAGGUUGUGGUGCCCCGUGGACCAAUAAAGGCGAAGGGUUUGCUGAUGAGUUGCGUGGCAGAGCCUGACCCCUGCAUAAUAUUUGAGCCAAAAAUUCUUUAUCGUGCCGCCGUUGAGGAGGUUCCAAUCGGUGGAUACGUUACUGAAAUCGGCAAGGCGGAAAUCGUGAAAAAAGGCACCGACGUAACUCUAGUCGGCUGGGGAACUCAGGUUCACGUUCUGAUCGAAGUUGCGAAUCUCGUCGAGGAGAAGCUCGGAGUUUCCUGCGAGGUGAUUGACCUCGUUACAAUCCUCCCAUGGGACGUGGAUACCGUUUCUCAGUCGGUGAAAAAAACCGGACGACUAAUCAUCGCGCACGAAGCGCCGCUCACUUGCGGAUUUGGAAGCGAAAUAGCAGCUACUAUUCAGGAAUCGUGUUUCUUGAGCCUGGAAGCGCCGAUACAACGAGUCACAGGAUGGGACACCCCGUUUCCUCACAUUUUCGAGCCGUUUUAUCUCCCCGAUAAAUGGCGGUGCUUCGAGGCCGUAAAGAACAUCGUCAAGUACUGAUUUACUCGACUCCAGGCCGCCAAAUCGUCGCACCGGACUCAUCCUCUUUCAAAGGACUACAUGGAAGUGGAAUAAGAAAUAG